UGCUGGAAGAGUAUUGUAACAGCAACAGUUCGCAAGCAUCGGUUAUGGACAGCCACUGAGAGCAACAGCCCAUUCAUCUUCACGUGGUAGUGACGACGAGCUGGCCGAGGUCUAGUGAACCAACAGAGAAGCUGUAGGCUUACAAAUUAGAAUCGAGAGUGUAUCAGAAUUUCUCAUAUUCGGAGCUUAGUGCCUUUCCAAUGCGGGGAAUUAGGAUUUGCGCAAUCCAACGUCGGUCGCAGAAAUAUGGACAGAAUUUUGCUUUGUAGCGGCCGCGACCGACCUCCUUGUGUAAUUUGAAAUUUGAAUACAAGAUUUGAGUUGGGUCGGAGGUGGAACUCAGUCAUUUCGGCUUCGGUUUAGGCAGUGGGGGUGUAGUGCAUGGGCAGAGAAUGAAGCCUGGAAUUCGUUCAAUCUUGUCGUGAGAACUGGAAGGUCGAUGUGAAGUGCUGAACCUGCUCAGUUCCUUGAUAAGUUAUUACUGGAUGUGAGAUUGAAUUGCAGACGGAAGAGCAAAUAACGCGAAAGACUCCUCUGGACGAAACGAUCUAGAUUGGUUUGGUGAUGAGCGUCUGUAGGAGUAGUUUCUCUAGGACGACGAAAGUGAUUGUUGGUGAGUGAAGUUCGAACACUGAGUAGCUCUCUGGGAUGCGGCGAGUGUCUGGCCGCCCCUAUUGCGUCUUGCAGAGAAGGUUUCAUUCAAUCUGGUCGGCGAAGCCAAGGACUAUAGUAUUUGUCAAAUAGAUAAUGAAGUGAAGCGGAAAUUGGAGGGCGUGCCGUGAUUUGGACUGUGAGGGCAUUGUUGUUCCAUUGCGGGUUUGCUUCAGUUCCUGUGAAGAUGGCAGAGGUUACAGGCUCUGGAACGCCUAGUUGGAUUGAUAACAACUCAUGGUUGUUCAGCAUCUCAGAUACGGGAGAAAGCACGAAUCUGUCCCCUGAACAUGUUUCCAGUUUGAAGAGUGUAUUUCUUGAGAUCAAUUGUUCCACUGAUCCGAUUGCAACUCUCGAAGUCAUCAACUCAAUGCUUGCGAAAGCAACUGUUAUUCCAGGCGAAGGAAACGAGAUGGAACUGACUAUAUUUUGUAACUUACUUAAAUCUAUUGUAGAUAGGGUAUUGAACUGCGAAGAAGUGGUCCUAGCUUGGAGUGAUAAAGAGGACGUUCAGGCCUACAUGUUUGAAACUUUGUGUAGAGUGGUGGAGUUGACAGUGGUAUUACUGACGAAACACAUUUCGUCCGACUGGAAGGCUCAGGCUAUGAAAACUCGCUACCUUCUAGACAUCUUGGAAGCGCUGUGCGUUGUUUUGAAAGAUAAUUACUAUCUUACACUGCGGAAGGAAAAGGGCAUUACGAGAAGCGUACUGCUUCACCCAGCUAGACGCGAGUCUGCUUUGCAAGUUCCAGGGUGCUUUGUCCGUGUUUGUGGAGCUGACAUUACCGAACCGCCUUUCUACUAUUGCUCUAAAGAAGGCGUGAAUCAGAUCGGUAGGGAAUGUGCAGAAGGUUGUUGCGAUUCACAGGCGACAUAUGAUGCUCUGUUGGUUCAGCUUAGUUGCUUAAUGGGAACAACAGAAUACGGCAACGGAUAUAAGCAUAUCAUGGAGAUGCUAACUCAUCCUGAAGAUUAUCCCCUUCGUCUGUUAGAAGCCUUGUUCGAGGUUCUUGCUACGCUGACAUUGGUACCUGUCAGAGAAAAACAGUUCUGCACGGAGGAUGUUAUAGGCCGCAAAAUUGUACUAGGCAUAGAAGAAAGCGCAUUUGACACGCUGUGCCAAAGGAUGUAUCAUUAUCUGAAAGGGUCGAUUGAUAAUCUAGUAGGUGAUCAAAUUGACGUCGAAUAUAUCCUUGAUUCUUUGACUUCAAUGGUUCAUGCCUUGCACAGAAUAAGCUUCUUGGGGAAUAGGAGUACUACCUUUGAUUGCGCUGGCCGGUUGCAAAUAGCUGUGUGGGGUGCGUAUCUGAAGAAUAAUAUACAUUGGAAUGCCUGCGUAUCUAUUGGGAAAGCUAUAGAGUGCACCUUUCCUGAAGCUUGUGAUACUUUACUCUCGCCUACAGACUUCUCACUCUGGCUCGAGGAUGAGAACAUCAUCUUCAACAUCAUUUCAUUCGAUUAUGACUUGGAUUAUGUUCCAGAGGUGAUAGAGUUUGUGCGGAAGAUCAGCAGAAAAGGGAUACUGCAGCACGCACACUUAAUGCCUAUGCUUGAGGAUGACAACUCAGGAAUGAAACCUGGAGAAGAGCGCCAUACGUCUCCUCAUGACUUAAUCGUUGCAAGCGUGAUGGAUUUUCUUCAGCCAAAUGAAAUUUCGACUGAAGUUUUGAUAGAGUCUAUUGAAUGGUUGGAGCGCACUAAGGGUCCAUCUGAUUACUUGGAAGAGCAGGUUCCCGCAUCAAGAAUCAUAUCCAUUCUGGAGAAAUUUUCUGGCUUGGAUGAAGACGGGACCCUAAAAGAAAGGAUCUUCAAUAUAUUCUGGAAGCAUACAGGCCAUGCUCCUCCUGCUGAUUGUGCAAAUCGCAUAACGCGAAUUGCGGCAUGUUACGAGCCGGUGCUUGAAUUUGAUUCUCUAACGUUGGACUCUAUUGUAAAAGGAGAGGAAGAUCUCCUGCAGGCUUGUUCUAAUGCGGACGCUGACACAAAAUUUGUCAACUACUUGACGAGUGCAAACAGUCUGAGUACUGCAUAUGCCGAAAGAGCCAAGGUGUGGAGUGAUAAGGAAUUUGACUUUCACAUGAAUUCGUUGCCCAGACUGGAGCAAUUACUGACAUUCGACAUCUCGUUCUCUCGCCGUGAGAUUACAAGAGUAAGUUGGCAUCUUCAAUGGCAAUGGCGAUGUCGCCAGAAAUUCAGACACUAAAAGUCCUAGAAAUGGAGACUAAGAAUUUUCUCAAAAUCCACAAGAAGAUUCAAGCGUUGAAUGCAAAGCAGUUUAGGGAAUAUGAAGCACUGAAGGCGGAGCAACAUGAGAGACUUAUAGAGUUCUUUCAAAACUGCAAGAGUGAGAAGCAAACUGUCGUGAGGGAGGCACUGUGCGCCAAGGCUAGAGUAGUAGCGUGCAAAAACAGAGCCCAAUUGGAUGCAAGUAUGAAGAUGUCAUCAGAUGCUGUACUGGCAAGGAUGCUGCAGAAAGCUGAGGACGUUGUUCGUAAGAUGGAGGAGAAAAAUGGGAUGUUGGACAAGGAGCUGCAGAAGUUGAAACUGGAGAAGGAGGAAGCCAUCAUAGAGGUGGAGGAAAAGUAUCAGCAAAUGUUGAAGGACAAGGAGCCUAAAACAUCAUGUGCUAUAUGUUACGGGCGAUUCACCACAUUAACUUCGCAUCAUCUUAACCGGGCAUGCUUCAAUCCUUGCGGCCACGCCAGUGUUUGCCAUUCUUGUGCAGGUCGACUGCAACGUUCCACAGCUAGAUGUCCAAUUUGCCAGGCUGUAGUAUCGAAUGUAUCUGUUGUUCCCUCCGCAAUUUUCUUCUGAUAAUUUGUACGGUUUCAAUUGGCCUCAUUGUGACUGCUUACAUACACUUUGUAUAGAGGGGGUUGAGGACUUAGUCGAAAUUGUCUUAAUCUACACAAAUUUCAAAUUUUGUCUGCAUCUAAUCCAACCUCCAUAUCAUUCA